AUGGCCCUUCGCUGCGUACUGAGGGCAUGUGGCAUCCUUGGCUACGACCUGAAUGGAGAGACUAGCCGGCUGGUUCUUGCCAUAGCCGCCGAGGCUGCCUUGCAGGAAGAAUCCGAAAACUCUGAGGGCUUGGAGCCAGCUGCACCGUCUGCUUUCGAUUGGUUGCCCUCUCUAUGGAGAGUUUGGGGUCACACGAAGGGCGGGCUGUGCACCCAAGCGUUUCUUGCAGUAUUGAUGGCGGCUGGCCGCUGGCAAUCCCUGUCCUUGCAAGAUCUACGGCUCCGAAUGCAGGCAGCUCUCCAGCGAUCCGGUCUUGAAGCCGCCGUGACCUUUCGAUGCUCCCGGGAGCUGGAGGGCAGCCUUGACCAGGCCUUGUCAUCUGCUCAGACGGCCCGUGCUCUGCUGAUCGGGCUUUGCUACAAGGAAGACGAGGAGCUGAGGCUCGAGGGCUCCUGGAAUGAUGUUCAGGACAUGCGAUCCUGGUUGCUUCGACAAGGCAUUGUCAGGGAACAAGACAUACGUGUUCUGAGCGACAGUUCGGGCGACAUGACAAUGAUGCCUUCGCGAAACAACAUUUUGACUCAGCUGGAGUGGCUCCUCUGUGGCGAGAAUAAAUGCUUCGGCGCACCUCAUGGCUGUUGCUCGGGUGAGCUACCGGAGGAGCACCUAGAAGCCGUGCAGCUCUUGUUGUUGUUUGCUGGUCACGGCGACCAUGCUGAGCUCUUACCGUCUGACUGGCGCAGAGCUGGUCCGAUUCGGGAGCGCGAGGUCUCGGUGCUCGUGGAUGAUCUACUACCCGAAGGGGCAAGGCUGGUAUGCAUCUUUGACUGCUGUGACUCCUCCCAGAUGCUGAGCUCACUACUGAGGUAUCGUGCUUAA